CGCUCCCAUUGGCCAUUACAGCGCCUUCAGUCUCCAAAGGAUGCACCGCUGCUGACGUCGAAGUCUCUUCCGUCUCCAUGCCAGGGUCGCACUCUCACCGCCAAUUGGGCAUCCUGUCCGUGGCUCUCAUCACCUACUUCAACGUCAGUGGCGGUCCAUGGGGUAGUGAGCCCGUUCUCGCCGCGUGCGGGCCGUUCGUGGGCAUCCUGGCUGUCCUGCUCUUCCCUUGGGUCUGGUGUCUGCCGCUUGCACUCACAUUCGCUGAGCUUUUCACUGCAUUCCCGACCGACGGUAGUUUCUGCAAAUGGGUGGGCGUCGCGUUCGGUCGACCCAUGGGUUUCCACGUGGGUUAUUGGAGCUGGGUGUCAGGGGGUAUGUUGUUACUGUUUCAAUUGGGACCUUGGAGCUGUCAGUGAUUUAAUUCCUUGAUGACUGCAGUAAUCGACAAUGCCAUCUAUCCGUGUCUGAUCGUGGACACGCUAUUGGCUUUAGUACUGGGGGACAAGGACGCUCUAAACGGAGAGAAUGGGGUCGCCUGGAGUGUCUUCGUUAUGCGUGCAGUGUUCGCUGUGCUCUUCAUGUUACCAACUCUCAGAAGUAUCAAGGUAGUGGGACACACACUACUGGUCUUGGGAGUUAUGAUCUUCCUGCCCUUUGCAGUACUCAUCGUAUACGCCAUGCCACUGAUUGAACCGGCAAAUUGGUUCGUCAUCCGACAAGACCGUGAUUGGGGACGGCUGUUGAGUGCUUUGUACUGGAAUUACAGCGGCUUCGAUGCAGCUGGAGCGUAUGCUGGAGAGAUUCAGUCUCCCAAGACAACAUAUCCCAAAGCCAUGGUGCUCACUGUGGUAAUGAUCGCGUUCACGUAUAUCAUCCCGUUCAUUGCCAUUGCAGGUGCAGACAUGCCUCACUACACGACAUGGGACGACGGGUCCUACUCUGUUAUCGCACAGAUGAUCGGCGGAACGUGGCUGUGCAUCUGGGUGUUGAUCUCGUCUGUGUUCGGUAACCUCGGACUGUACGUCGCUGAGAUGGCCAAGGACGGAUUCCAACUGGCUGGAAUGGCUGAUUCUGGCCUUGCACCUCCCUAUUUCGCUCAACGCCAUCCGGACACCGGUGUGCCUCGACGAGCCAUCUUGUUGGCAUUUUUCAUCAUUGUAUUCAUGGGUAUGUUCGAUUUCGACACGAUUUUGGGGAUAGACAACUUCCUCUCCGCUCUCUCGUCUCUAGUGGAAAUGAGUGCUGCAGUUCGAAUGCGCUUCUCCCACCCUGAAAUCGAACGACCAUAUCGUGUGAACUUGUCGGACAAAUCUCUGGUUAUGGCAAUGAUGUUGCCGUUCACACUUGGAAUCUUCAUCAUGAUGAACGAGCUGACCAAGUCCUGGACCAGCUUCUUGCUUAAUGUGAUCGCGCUCACGCUCGGCUAUCUGAUCCAGAAGUACAUCGAACGCCACCCGUAUCACAAAUACGCGGAGAUCAUCGGAGCACCGCUGCAUCUCACCGAUCUAUCCGAGGACCUGUAAGCGUGGGCAACUUAAUAGACAAUAAAACAGUUCAAUAUUUGUGCCUAAAAGAAUUAAAAAGAAUGGAUUUUCUAGGUUAA